AUGGAUAAUAAUGGAGGCACAAGUAGCCCAAAUCAUAGCUACACAAGGAUGAACUCCCUUCAACAACAACAACAAAACAACAAUGAUCAACAACAUUCGCAUCAUCACUUGCAUACAGAGACAGAUGAGUAUGAUGAUGGUAAUAGACCAUUCUUCUUCUCAGGUGGCAGUAGCAAUGGUGCCUCGGCCACCAAUAGGCUGAUGGCAGACGAUGACGAGGAGGACAAGGAGAACCACGCAUUCAUCGAGGUCGAUCUACUGCGUGAGCCACCACGUCGCUCACUCUGGCAGUGUCUGGCAGAGAAGCGAUUCCGUGGUGUAUCACUCCUACUCCUCAUUGGCAUCGGUCUCAUCCUACUCAUUCUCAGUAUCAUCUUUGUGUUUCGCAUGCGAGAUGAACAUGACAAUGAAUUGCCCAUCAUAUAUCAUGCCAAUCCACUCAUUGUUAUAUCGAUAGAUGGCUUCAGAUACGACUUCCUGGACAGGGGUAUCACUCCCAACCUUCUAUCACUUUACACUGGCGAGGACCCUGGAGUCAAGGCCGACUACAUGACUCCUCAGUUCCCUUCAAAGACAUUCCCCAAUCAUUAUUCAUUGGCGACUGGACUGCAUCCAGAGUCACAUGGAAUCGUAUCAAACAAGUUCUAUGACACUGUUACAAAGAAAACAUUCCUCAGCAAGACCAAUGAAUCUACCGUUGCCACAUGGUACUUGGGUGAGCCAAUCUGGAGGACAGCAACACUCAACGACAUCAAAUCAGCAUGCUACUACUGGGUAGGAUGCUCAGCCAUCCCUGCCGACCUCAAUAUACCAGGCUUCAACUUCACUGCCUCUAGCAAGAUUAUUGAUCAAGUAAUUAAUUGGAGAAAUGAGAGCAAGCCACCUGGAAUCAUCAUGGCAUAUAUCUACGAGGUGGACGACGCUGCACACUUUCAUGGCGGACCAGACUCGGCAGCCGUCAACGACGCCAUCAAGUCUGUGGACGCAUCAAUUGGAACAUUGAUCAACUCACUCAAGGCUCAGGGUCUGUACAACAAGACCAACAUCAUUGUACUAUCCGAUCAUGGCAUGGCCACUGUAACAAAGGCAAUCGAUCUCUCCAAUGUACUCAACUACACCAGUGUCUAUGUACCAGAUGUGACACCAAUACUCUCAGUCUACGAAUCAGACUAUGGUCCCAAUGGUAUCAUUGAGGCCUAUGAAAACUUGACCAAAGCAAACAUACCCAAUCUCAAGGUCUAUUUUAAGGAGGACAUCCCUGAGGAGUAUUAUUACAACAAUUCGCCAAGGAUCGCUCCCCUGAUCGCUGUUGCCGAUGAAGGCUAUCAAAUCCUUGCUCCAAAAGCACAAGACUUCUACAAUAACUCUGGAGAGCACGGAUACAACAACACACUCAAGGAUAUGAGAGCAAUAUUCAUUGGACAUGGACCCAAUCUUAAGAGCAACGUCACUGGCUUCAACUUUGAGAACAUCCAUGUGUACAACUUGUUUGCCAAACUGAUCAAUGCGACCAGGGUACCAACAACCAACUCGACAAACGUAUUGGUGGACUUGGUAUACCAACCA